CCUGCGUCCGGCACCCAUCCCUCCGGCGGCGGGAGGCGCGGCGGGAAGCUGCGCGGUGGGCUGACCUUUCCUGGGGACGGCGUGCGGAGCGAGGGGAGUGAAGGAUGGCAGCCCGCCGCGCAUUAAAAGCUGUCUUGGUGGAUCUCAAUGGCACCCUUCACAUUGAAGACGCAGCUGUGCCAGGCGCACAGGAAGCUCUUAAAAGGUUACGUGCUUCUUCAGUGAUGGUUAGAUUUGUAACUAAUACAACCAAAGAAAGCAAGCAAGACCUACUGGAAAGACUAAAAAAACUGGAGUUUGAUAUCUCUGAAGAUGAAAUAUUCACAUCUUUGACUGCAGCCAGGAAUUUAGUAGAACAGAAACAAGUGAGGCCCAUGCUGCUGGUUGAUGAGCGAGCAUUACCUGAUUUCACAGGAAUACAAACAAGUAAUCCUAAUGCUGUGGUCAUAGGAUUGGCACCAGAACAUUUUCAUUACCAAAUUCUGAAUCAAGCAUUCCGGUUACUCCUAGAAGGGGCACCUCUGAUAGCCAUCCACAAAGCCAGGUAUUACAAGAGGAAAGAUGGCUUAGCACUGGGGCCAGGACCAUUUGUCGCUGCUUUGGAGUAUGCCACGGACACCAAAGCUAUAGUCGUGGGAAAACCAGAGAAGACAUUCUUUCUGGAAGCAUUGAGGGACACUGGCUGUGCACCAGAGGAGGCCAUCAUGAUAGGAGAUGAUUGCAGGGAUGAUGUUGGUGGGGCUCAGAAUACUGGCAUGCUGGGCAUCUUAGUCAAAACUGGAAAAUACCGAAACGCUGAUGAAGAAAAAAUUAAUCCACCUCCCUACCUAACCUGUGAGAGCUUCCCUCAGGCCGUGGACCACAUUCUGCACCAUAUGCUGUGAGGCAACUUGAACCGCAGCUUCCAUUGUGGGGAGUGGAUCCCUUACCAAUUCAUACCAUUCAGUGCUGGGAACCCUUGUAUUGUGCAGUAAUUAGAAAGAAAGGGAUUGAAUUGCAGCCAACACUAAGCCUUGCUAAUUCCUUUUGUUUUAUUUUGUAAAAGAAGAUGGGACCCAAAGAAAGGGAGAACUGAGAUUUUAUGUCAUUCCUUUUAAAAUAUUCAUCAGGAUCACAGGCUGAGAGGGAACAUUCUCUACUAUCUCCUCCCUGGAAACAAGAGAGGUAUUGUCUGUGAAAAAAGUUGAUUGGUGGUUUUUAAAUUAUACAGCGAUGCAUUCAGAGGUAUAUAAGGCUGUCAUUUUGAUAGAGUGUAACUGUGAAACUCAACAGAAGUGCCAAGUGGACUACAGGACAGAAGCAGCAAAAAUGUAAGGUCCUUCAGCCAACUGAUCAAGCGAAGACUUAACAGAUGUUGAAAAGUGGAUUCUUUCCUGUACUCCCAGCAUAGAUGACUUCCUUUUCUCUUCAUUAUCCAGAGAUAACUAAUUUAAAUUUAGAAUCUAAAUUUAAUUUAAAAUAAUAUUUCCAUUAAUAACCUAUUCAUUGCAGAUACCUAUUAUAUACUGUGUAACAGUUGUUUUGGAAAUUUUAUGUAAAAUUAAAACUAUCACUAUUUUACAGAUGUUUUAAUUAGACAUUGUUAUUAAGAGGAACAGUGCAGAAACUAAAAUCAAGCCUUUAAUGUCUUAUAGACCAUGCAUUUUUGAAGUUAGUGUCCACCAGGGUCCUAUUAACUAUACAUUUGCAAGAUUUCAUUAUUUUUGCCUCUGACACUAUGGGAGAAAUCUUUUAGAAACUACGGGGACAGAUUCAAGCCUUUAUGGACUUGGUUACUACAGUUGUAAAAUGAAAUCUCUUUUUGUAGCAUAGGUUAUUCUUCUCAUGUUAAACCGGCCCACAUGAAGGAGACUAAGUAGAUAAUGAUUUUCCUAGUGCAUUUGCAUACUGUGAUAAUCCUAGGCCUUGGCAAUUGUUUUACAGGGCUCUUGGGCAUUGAAUUAUUAGAAUGUAAUUGUGCAUCACUGUAGUGUUCACCUUAUUGAAGCACACACCGAUGUUAAUGAGCUUCGGGUUUUGAUGCUCAUUUAGAGAUCAGCUCGGUCUUAGAUGGGAGGGAACAAAGCUAAAUAAAUGGGAGCUUGGUGAGCACUUUGUUCUGGUUUUUGCAAAUGUCCCAACUUAAUACUUAUACAUUGCAGAGUAUAAACAACAGAUAUGACAUGACAGUCACUCCAGUCAGAAGGAAUGGAAUGGCUGAAGGUAGAGCUUCUGGUGCCUGGCUAGCUUAGGUCUAACCCUCUGACUGAGAAGAGUAUGUCACCUCACCUCUUACCACACAAUGCUGUGAGUAUCAAGUGUGCGAACUGUAUCUUAAGUACUUAGAAGAGAAAACCUGAAAAGGGCUGUCUCAGUGAUGUCCUCCUGAGGAUUAAAAGAUACUUUACUACACUUAGAAAUUUUAUUUAUUUAUUUUGGCUUUUUGAGGUAGUCUCACAAUAGCCCAGGCUGACCUGGAAUGUACUCUCAGGAAUUUUUAGAUAUUCUCAGCAAAGAGCUGCAUGUAAGGAAAAGCCCAGUGGGCAGGAGAGAAGUCCUAACCGGUGCCUGUCUGAGGAUGGGUUCACAUCAGGAAUUAUCAACCGUCUUGAUAGUGGCUAUUCACAAACUGCUGUGCUAGUCCUGGUUAUUAUGGGAAAUAAGCAGAGACGAAAUGGGAUUUGUUUACCUGAAGGACCUUUCUACUUGGUCAUGAGACAUUACCUGAGAUCUCCAGGAAGACCUGACUUUCAUGUCAUGUUUCCUGUGACGUCUUCCCUGCCUGCAGGAUGAAGUGGUAGUGGCCCUUGCUACACUGAAUUUGUCUUUCCACCUCUCUUCUCCCACUGUGCAGGACUGAUUCUCUUUUGUCUCGGCUGCAACACAGAUACCCAGAUGGUACCAGAACCAAUACAGCAAACUAAGUACUCCUGGAAUGUAAGGCAUGUAAUGGUAAAAGGCACAGGUAUGGAGAGGGGAAGUGUUUCCAUUUCAAUGUUGCCUUACAGACACCUAAAGGGGAAGCCCAUCAGACAUUUGGAAAUAAUGGAGCUGAUGCUCUGCAGACAGUUAAAACUGAAGCAGAGAAAUGAGCAUUAUGAAGGAUCAGGAAGCCAGCAGUUUGAAAGCAUGGGUGACCCCAGAAAAUGACCCAGUCAUGAGAAACAGCCUCUCCAUAGCACAUGGAAAUGGAUUUAGCACACACUGGGACCUGCUAGCUGGCAUGUCCACAGGGAGGUCCAUGAGGAGAAGGAAAACUUGUCUUAGAUCAGAAUUGAAUUAAACAUUCCAGUAAAUGGUGUCAGCUGCUGAAUGUGCCUUGGCCUUGUGGAGGAAACGGAACUGAAGUAUUCAAGGGGCUUCCUUUGCCUUGGUUAUCUGUGGUUGUGGGGUUUGAAUGAAAAGGACCUGCACAGACUCCUGUGUUUGAAUACUUCAUCCCUAAUUGGUGUGCUGUUUGGAACGGUUGUGGAACUUUCAGCAGCUAGAGUGUUGCUGGAGGAGGUGUGUCACUGGAGGCACCGAAUGAAGCAAAGGGCCAUGCUUGGUGUUUUCUCUUUCCCUUUGUCUCUGCCCAUUGAUACUGGUUUUCUGUUCCUGCCACUCCUUCCCUACCAUGAUGGACUCUACCUUCUUGAACUGUAAGCUAAAAUAAACUCUUCCAAGUGAAA